CACCACAUUUAUCUCCCCCAAAAAAAAAAAAUUAAAUAAAUACAACUGCAAACCGCAUGGAGGUGUAAUUAGUUUUUUAAAACAUGAUAAAAUCAUUUUAUUUCAAGUUACAACUAUCAUAUCAAUUCUAAUUUUUUUCAUAAACUUAAUUGCUAGACCCGCAUUCUAGAUGGCUCUACUUUCCAGAAUUUAAUUUCAGAUCUGCAAAAGAAUCCAAAAUCUGACCAAAUCCGAAAAUAUAUUGCCAGUAAAUGCUAACAGCUAUGCACUGUGUUUUUUUGGUAAGAAGAUAAAGAACUUACCAUUUUGCAUCUUCAAUUCAUAAAUAACUAUAUAUAUAUACUUGUGUAUGUAUUUUUGCAAAUUUAACUUGAGAAAUUUACCUAUAUUCCUCUACGCAUAAUGAAUAAGAUGAAGCCCCUGCAAGUGCUGCGUCUUCUGUUAUUCUUUUCUAUUCUGUUCUCUGCUUCAUUGAUCUUUUACUGUUUCUCAAACCUAGCUCGAGUAAAUGGCAGAUCGCAGCUUCGCAGAGAUCCAUCUAAUUCAGAAGGGAGAAAGUUGCAGAAAGUGUUGAAGAGAGCAAUCAUGCCUGAUAGAACGGUUAUAAUCGCCAUUGUUAACCAAAAAUGGGCGCAUCCAAGCUCUGUCUUUGAUCUCUUUCUAGAGGGCUUCCGAGUUGGCCUGGGGACCAAAACCUUGUUGAAUCACCUGAUAAUUUUCACCAUGGAUGGCUCGGCAUUUCAAUAUUGCAGGUCCGUGCAUCGCCAUUGCUUGAACCUCGCUACCUACAGAAUCAACUAUGCAACUUGGAAGCCAUUUGAAAAUCUGCAUCACCUCAAACUCGGUUGGAGAAAGAUUGAACUUUUGGGAGAAGUCCUUGAGUUGGGUUACAAUGUCCUUUUCACGGAUGCAGAUGUGAUGUGGUUCAGGAAUCCAUUCCCACACUUUCACAGUGGCGCUGAAAUCAUUACUGCCUCUGAUCCCUGUGCAGAUAAUCAGCAAAGCAAAACCAACAGGGCUGAUGGAGGAUUCUUCUACCUGAAAUCUAAUGCAAUAACUGUAGAGUUCUUUAAAUACUGGAAGACAAAAAGGGUUUUGCAUCCUAACUCCAGUGAUCAACUCAUCUUCGAAACUAUCAAAGAUGAUAUGAUUGGCAAAAUGCUGGGAUUGCGAAUCAUAUAUUUGGACACAGAUUAUUUUGGUAGCUUUUGUCAGUCAAACAAGGAUAUGAGCAAGCUAUGCACCAUGCAUGCCAAAUGCUAUGACAGUAUUGACAGAAAAGUUCAUCACCUCAAGGACAUUCUUGAUGUCUGGAGAAACUCCACCUUACCCUCAUCAGGGGAAAAAAAACAAGGCUUGAAAAUAGCUAAUUCUGCAGCUUCUUCAUAGAAAGUUUCAAGAAAUACAAGUGUCGACUCAAACUUGGUUAGGAGACCAACAAUUUUCCCAAAGGUUUUGCUCUUAGUAGUAGGAAACUUCUACCUGGGUGAUGAAUCUUUGUUUUUUUUUCUUUGUUUUUUUUUUUUUUUUUUUUUGGAUCAAGGUUAUGUGUCUUACUGAGAACCAUGUUUCUGCAUUCCCAAGUAAGAAUUGUAAGAAACUAGCACCUGCCGAGAAAGAAACUCGUUCCCAACUGAGUUAGAAACAAAAGAAAAACAACUUAAGCUUAUACUUACUAUAGUACUUUCUUUGUACAUAAUAUUUAUUUAUACCUAACAAAGACAAUUUGUAAUUGACAUCAAUCUCAAAUAUUUAUUUAUAUUUCACAACUAAGUAAAUAGCGGACCCCAUUUGAUGGGACUUAAGGCUUGGUUUGGUUUGGUUUGGUUAUAUUUAUAUAAAAUAUAUACAUGCUCCCACAAGUGUUCGCAAUCUUGGAAACUCCUAUAUAACCUCACUCCCCUGCCCCCCUCUUCGUGCAACUGAGGUUUACUUCAAAGCAUAAAUUAAUUGGUGUUGUGUAAAACAAUGUGAAGGAAGAUGGGUAGAAUCAUACAUUUCCUGACUGAAGAAAAUCAGGGCAAGAAGUGUUUCCUGGCAAAAGAAAUGGCUUUGAUUGGUAAGCAAGGGUCAAACUCUCAGAGACUAGGAAAAAUUCAUAAACACAAGGUGUAUGUCUAGCAUGUUUCCUGAAAGGUAGUGCUCAAGACAUACAAUCCUGUCAUUUUUUUGAAAUAUUUAUUGACAACAAAAGGCAAAAUUAUAAUACCCUUUCAUGUUGUAGACUUUUGAAACCAUAGGGUUUUCAAUAACACCUCUCCCAGUUUCUUCUUUUAUAUAUGUUCUAUUACCUUCCAACCCACUUUUAGGAAUUAGUAUUAGGUCAAGAAGAAACAUAA